AUGGCCAAGUUUGAGUUGCCUAGUCUUUAUUCGGUGUACGAUGUACCUACCCUGAUCCUAGUGCUGCUCAGCAUUCUCUAUGGAACAAUCUCUGUUUUAGCAGUACUGGGAAAUUCUCUUGUCAUAUGGAUAAUAGUAACCUCGAAACGCAUGCAUAAUGUAACCAAUUAUUACAUAGCGAAUCUAGCGUUAGCAGACAUCGUUAUUGGCCUAUUUGCCAUUCCCUUUCAGUUUCAAGCAGCCUUGUUGCAAAGAUGGAACCUGCCACACUUUAUGUGCGCCUUCUGCCCGUUUGUGCAAAUCCUCUCUGUGAACGUCUCGGUGUUUACCUUAACAGCGAUUGCAAUCGACCGACAUCGAGCAAUAUUGAAACCCCUCAGUGUGAGACCUAGCAAACUGACGGCUAAAAUAGUGAUCGCUGGAAUCUGGCUCGUGGCGAUGGUCCUGGCGACGCCAAUGGCAGUGGCACGUAGGGUCAUUAUGGUCCCAGAAGGACUUAUUUGGUCCCCAACAGAUAUAGACAAACUGAAGCCGUUCUGCCAAGCUGUGAAUCUGUCCAGUAGAACGAUGCUAAUUUACUCGAUGCUCCUGGCGUUUCUGCAAUACUUAACACCGUUAUCAAUUAUUUUCUGCGUGUACACAAGAAUGGCCCUAAAGCUGUGGGGCAACAGGGCGCCCGGGAACGCAGAGGAUUUCCGUGACGCGAAUUUCAUGAGAAAUAAAAUUCGAGUGAUCAAAAUGCUGAUCAUAGUCGUGGUGCUUUUCACUGUUUGCUGGCUGCCACUUCAAACCUACAACGUUCUCCAAUAUUUUUACCCAGAAAUCAACGAAUACAAAUAUAUACAUUAUAUAUUUUUCUUCUCCGACUGGCUAGCCAUGUCGAACAGUUGCUACAACCCAUUCAUCUACGGGAUUUACAACGAGAAUUUCAGGAGAGAGUUUCAAGGAAGGUGUUCCUGUAAAUCUCGAAGAUGGUCAGGCGGCCCGUCGAACGAUACCACAGAUGCCCCAAGCACCAAAUGCUCCGUUAGGUAUGAAUGGAAGCGAUCGACUUCCAGUUCCUAUCCUAGCGUGUCGUCGCUUUAUAAGGGUGCGUCGAUGAAAGGGUCGUUCGUCAACGGUCGUAAAUCUAACGACCGGAACAAGAAUAAAGGACUCGGUCAUUAUAUUCGUCGGGGGAAUCAUUGCUCGAACGGAAGCGAAGAAUUGUACGUCCUCCCAUCGGGGAAGCAUAAACGUUCGGAGAACUUCGGAUCCGAAGAAAUGGGUCUUUAAUCGAGAAUUUCAUUUACAUUACGAGAAUCAAACUCUGCUCAAUAUUUCCAAUAUCCGGGAUAGACAUGCGCGUCGUGCGUACGAACGAAGACUUAUCGAACUUCACAAAAUGUUCAAGGCUGUGAAACUUUUAUUACAAUAAAUAAUGGUUUUUUAUUAACGUUAAGCAUCCUGUUUGUGAAACUUUUCACUAUAAACAUAAAUCUAGUUAAUUAAUUUAUAUGGAAGUUCAAUUAUGUAUAAAUUGUUAUAAUAUUGGGUUGGCAAUUAAAUAAUUGCAGAGUUUUUAUUUAAAAUCUACAAUCACUUAUAUAGUUGCCAACCUAAUUGAUAAACAAGACGUCUAACAUAUUCUCGUUUAAGCAAUUUAAAUAAAAUUACGUUCAAAACUUGAAGAGUCAGAGUUAUCCACUUUUUUUUUAUAGUAGAAUCGUUGUUGACACACAAUUCGUCCGAUUAACUACGGACUAGAACGUAAGCGUAGCGUGUUAUGCAGGGUACUAAUAAAUAUUUAGAUCGUUGGACAGAAUGGUUCAAGGAUCAGUCUCGCAAUUCUGUAUUAAACUCGAUGUGACAUGUCGUUAGAGCAAUUAAAUGUUUCUAGUCAAUAAGUGAAUUAUAAUCAAAGUCAUUUGAUUGUAAUUAAAAACAAUAUUCUGUAGAGAGAUAAGAAAAUAAAUAUUUCCAGCAUC